AGUCUGGAAAAAUGUGAAUCACAAACCAUUUGACGACAAGAGCAGCAAAGUCUUGCAUUAUUUCCAUUUAUGAGUAUUUAGGGUUUGGGAGAAAUCAUAUAUAUAUAUGAUGGGGUUGAAGACCUGAAGCAAACUUAAUUACAUGUUCAGAUCAUACAUACAACACAGGGUAAGGGUUGAGUGUGAGCUAUUUCCCUGUUUGCUGGAAUUACACUGAAAAUGGACUGAUGAUGGGACUACCAAAAAAUCGAGCUUUUGUAGCGAAAAAUUGACCUCAACAAUAUAUUGGCGACAAAUGGUGGUAUUAGUUACGAUUUUGGUCGUGUUGAAAAGCCAUUUUCUUUUGGCAUUCUCAGUCUGCAACUUAUUUUAAGAAACAAGGAGAUGAGGUUGCCCUUGCUCUUCUUACCGGUAAUCAUUGCCUUUGUGUCUCGGAAUGCAACUGUGGCUCUAUCAAUCUCUUUGUCGAAGCAUGGCUGCCAAGAAAAAUGUGGGAAUGUCGUCAUUCCCUAUCCAUUUGGAAUUGGUUCAGAAUGCAGUGCAAACUCCUCAUUUACAAUUGUUUGUAAGAGCUCUACAUAUCCCCCGACGCCAAUCUUGAGCAGUAUUGAUAAUUUAGAAGUGCUGGAAAUCUCCAUAGAAGGUACACUAAUUGUAAACCAGCCUGUGUCGCCGCUAAAUUGCUCUUACAAUGGCUCAAAACAGCACAGUAUUCUACCAAUAUCACUUGGGGGAAGUCCUUUCUACAUCUCAUCGAGGUAUAAUUCCAUGGUUAAUUUGGGCUGCGGAAAAACUGUGUGGCUGCUCACCAAUGUCAUUGGUAAAUGCGCGGCUGUUUGUCGAGGAAAUUCAGCAGACACCACUUGCGAUGGUGUCAACUGCUGCCGGAUACCAAUUCCAGAGCGACUUCAGGAGCUUCAAAUGGUGUACCAAAUCACUCAAACCAGAAAUGGUACUUUCUGUGGGUAUGCCUUCCCUGUUCAAGAGAAAUGGUUGUUUCGAAAUGAUGCAAUAUAUCCACUGGACAGAGAUCUCAGAUUUGUACCUCUAGUACUUCAGUGGUACGCUUAUAAUAUAGUAGAUCGUUCCCCCGAAUCUACUUGCAUGUAUUUUGAAGGACCUAAUGAUGGAAGCAGUCAUGCGUCAUCGCCCGUAUUUUGCCAGUGCAAGAAUGGCUAUGAAGGUAAUCCAUAUCUACGUUGGGGAUGCACUGAUAUCGACGAAUGCAGCAAUGCAACAAUAAUGACGAGCAACUGUGAAGGGGGAACUUGUGUCAACACUAAUGGGAGUUACCAAUGCCACUGGAAUCAAAGUUCAGGUCGCUUCAAUACUCGAAUCAAGAUACCAUUAACUGUGAUUGGCACUGUGUUUGGAGCACUCAUUUUACUCUAUGGGGUGUGGAGGUUUGAAAAAUUUCUCGGCCAGGGAAUAAACGCUGUUCCUAGAUACAUGUAUUAUAAGCGCAAUGGUGGGUUGUUAUUGGAGCAGCACUUGGCUUCGACUGAAAAUGGGCUCGAGAAAACCAAGCUGUUCACUUCAAAGGAGCUCACACUCGCUACAGAUCAUUACAAUGAAAAUCGUAUACUCGGGCGUGGUGGCCAAGGAACCGUCUACAAAGGAAUUCUAAAAGACCGAAAGAUUGUGGCUGUGAAGAAGUCGAAAAAGGUAGAUGAAGCUGAUCUUGAAGUGUUCAUCAAUGAGGUUGUUAUUCUGUCCCAAAUAAACCACCGGAAUGUGGUCCGGCUGCUUGGCUGUUGUCUGGAGACUGAAGUUCCUCUUCUCGUCUACGAGUUCAUCCCCAACGGCACACUCUUCCGCCAUAUCCAUGAGCCGAGCGAUGACCUCCCAUUAACAUGGGAAAUGCGUAUACGAAUUGCAUCAGAAGUGGCGGGAGCACUCGCAUAUUUGCAUUCUGCUUCAUCUGCACCUAUUUAUCAUCGUGAUAUCAAGUCGACGAAUAUACUCCUGGAUGAAAAGUACCGUGCCAAGGUUUCAGAUUUCGGGGCAUCAAGAUCAGUCUCGAUUGAUCAAACACACAUCACUACAAGAGUGGUGGGCACAUUCGGUUACCUCGAUCCAGAGUACUUCCUAUCAGGCCAGUUCACAGAAAAGAGCGACGUCUAUAGUUUUGGUGUGGUUGUGGUUGAGCUCUUGACUGGGGAGAAACCAGUGCCCUCAGUUAGAGCCGAAUCAGGAAAGAAUUUAGCGGCACAGUUCUUUCAUACAAUGGAGGAUAAUCAAUUGUUCGACAUUCUUGAUUCAAGAGUCCUCAACGAGGGUAAGGUAGACGAGAUUGUGGCUAUAGCUGAACUUGCAAAGAAAUGUUUGUGCUUAAAUGGCAGAAAAAGGCCAACUAUGAACGAAGUUGCUGCUACUCUGGAAAGGAUUCGUAGAGGGUUGAACGACAACAUGUAUUCCACCACAUACCUCGAUCACAAAAUCGAUGAAAACAUUUCAAUAGAGGUUUCCAAUGAGUCCUACGACUUCUCCAAAAUCUCCGAAUUUGUCGACACAAUCACUGCUCAAUCAUGAAGUAUUCAUAUCAAACAUCGUCUUUUAUGUCCGUAGUCAUAUGACAUGCAUAAUAUAAACUCCCUCCCUCCCGUUUUUUA